CUUUUUCUUUAGUAGGCCUUUUAUGAAAGCGAAUGGAUAUUUAUGGAUCUAUUCUCUUGCACAUGCGAUGCGACUAGUUAAAGUUGUUUCAUGAAAAAGUUUCUUCUGCAGAAUGAGUGCAAACUUUAACUUCAUGAAUUGAAAACUAAAGCUCCAGCACAUGGUCCAUAUUAAAGGAAGGACAAUAUCUCUUUUUGGGUUUCUCUGAAGAUCGGAUCGACUUAACUGCUUUAUUCAAAUAAUUCCAAAUUUUCUUUUGCAGUUGGCUUAUAAAGAGUUUUGUACCAUCCUUCAGCUGCAAGAGAAGUAGAUGAGCCUUUGGGAAAAUGAUAGAUCAUAGAUGUGCAUGUCCUGGCAUUCCAGAAAAACGAAGUAGAUGAAUCUAAAGCGACAAGUUUCAGCUACUCAAAGAUCUGAUGUGCAUAGGAUUACCUGAAACAAAGGCAACAAUAGAUAAGAAGAUGUAUCAUCACGGCCACAACAACGCCGUUUCUUCUAGGGAAGCAUUUCCUCCAGAGAGGCAUUUGUUAUUGCAACAAUGGGGGAGCAUUCCAGACGAAUCGGGACUAGUGCUAUCGACUGAUGCAAAGCCAAGGUUGAAGUGGACACCUGAACUCCAUGAUAAAUUCAUAGAAGCAGUUAAUCAACUUGGCGGAGCAGACAAGGCAACACCAAAAGAAGUCAUGAGACUCAUGGACAUUCCUGGGCUGACACUGUAUCACCUAAAAAGCCAUCUUCAGAAGUACAGACUCAGCAAAAAUCUUCAACCUCAAGCAAACAUGGGAAGUACUAAGAGUGUUGUAGGUUGUUACUCUAUGCGUGUUUUGGACAAUCCCGAAAAAGUAUAUCAAUUGUUUUUAUCAUGAUUUCUUUGACAAUGAGUACGAACUGCUAGUGAACAUUGAAGACAUCACACCUUUUUAUGACUUGGAGCCAAUAUCUGCUAAUUGUCUGGUUGCUUACAUGUGAUAAGUUUUCGCAUCACUCAUUUUGACAAAGUGCGAUCCGAAUGGGCGGAUUACGUACUAGACUAUAUUCAUUACUAGGUAUAAAUUACUAGACUUCAAAAGAUGGUUGAACACUUUGUUUGUGACUCCAUGACUUAUUGAUUUUGAUUCCUUAGUGCCAAUAAUUUGUUUGUUCACAGCUAGCUAUCUCCUUUGCUCAAUACUUCAUUCUUGCAUUUCUACCAUGAGCAGAAUUAGUUGACAUUUCCCUUAUUUAUUGCCUCGCUUUGUGGUUCAAAAUUAAUAAUGGUUGGGUUAUGUGAGUAGCUUAUUUAGUUUUUUCUGAAUUAUGCAAGGACUGACAAUGUGGAAGUUAUCUCUUUGUGAAUUGUUAGAUGAUGACCUUUUGUAUCUGUGUUUGUUUCAUUUGCUAGUUUAAUUUCCUUGUCUAAUCCUAUAAUUUAUUAUUUUUUCUUUUUACAAUCGCAUUUAAGACAAAAGUUUCAUCGCCUUUUUUUUUCCCUUCUGGCCUUUUGAGUUAGAUUUUGGUUUCUCUUAAUUUUGGAACUUUGUCCUAAUCAGGUGGGGGUAAGAUAGUUGCACUUAGUGGCAUAUUGGUGGUUUCACUGGGCUAAUAGUCGACCAAUAUACGUGUGAAAUUUUUUAGGAAAGAUUGUAAAUUUGUAAUAAAUGUUGAUCUGUGCGAUUAAUCUCGUGUGUUUCAUAUUUGAAUAACUUCAAUUUUGAAAUGAUUUUCCAGAUUAAGUCAUCUUAGCUAUCUUGAUCUGAGGGGCAUCUAGGAAUAUAAAGUAUGAAUUUGAGGUGGCAGGUUAAUAUGGUUAAGUUUCACUUUUCAUGUCAAUAUUUUGUGAAUACCAGAGUUCUUUUCCUUUCCGACACAGCCUUGAUAUUCCUCUUCCAAUGUGUUACUCAUGAAUGCAGCUGAUUGAGAGAGGAUUUUUUUUAUUAUUAUUAUUAGAACCAUAUUUCAAUAAGGCUCCUUGAGUUACAUGGAGUACAUUAGUUGGAAGAGUUUCUCCAUUUCUUCUAGCAGUGGCUAACAGUUCUACAACAUGUACAAAUAGAUACUCAAAGAUUAUGUUCAAGGGUAGUCAUAAGUUUGAGUCAAUGUAAAACUUGAUAAAGUUGCAAAAAAUCCUCUUUAAACCACUCAUUAGUUGAAAACGUAAGAGAAGGAGGAAAAUUUGCAAUUGUCUGGUUUUUCCAUAACUGGAUGAAAGUAGUUUUUUAGUUGCUCUUAUUCUUUGGUAGUUAUAUUUAUAGUAAUUUUGACUAUAACCACCUCAAACAUGCAACUUCGAGUAUAAAAUGACCUGUUUCCUUGUAUUGCUUGUUUUCUAGGAAUUCAUGUUGUCAUGUAGACUAUAAUUUGGAAUUCUAGAAUUUUAUAAGUUUUGUUGAAUUUUUCUU